UCACUCCGUCUAUUCACGACUUUCUGUUAUUGACCCCGUCAACUCUAGUAAGGGAACAUUCAUCGGCCGGAGGUACAUUAUUAUCUGACGUUAACUUAACGUAUCAAGAUCACACAUGACUGCGUGUUGAAUCAACGCAAAAAGAAGCAGUAAAUGCGCAGAAAGUCAACUUUAAAUCCACGUCAUUGUGAGGGGUUUAUUGCUUUGUUUUCCUGCUUGUGGACUUUUGGUCGUAGCGACCGCAGCGAUGGACAUUUGUGUGGUUUUGGGAUCCGUUGGUGCUGCUGCUCUUGGGGGUCUGGUGCUUGCAGCAUAUAAACUUGGUUUACUUUAUCAGCUGUUUCAUAAGACAGAAAGUAAGAGUCCCCGGCAUGGAGGAGAGAGCGUGGCGGAGGUCCUGCGGGCUCACGGGGUCAAAUUCGUCUUUACGUUGGUGGGAGGACACAUCUCAUCCAUCCUGGUGGCCUGUGAGAAACUGGGCAUCCGCAUCGUCGACACGCGGCACGAGGCCACGGCUGUGUUUGCAGCCGACGCCGUGGCGAGACUUUCUGGCACAGUUGGUGUGGCUGCAGUCACGGCAGGACCCGGACUGACCAACACUGUCACUGCGGUGAAGAACGCUCAGAUGGCCGAAUCUCCUCUGCUUCUUAUUGGUGGUGCAGCUGCUACUCUACUGCAGGGUAGAGGAGCCCUGCAGGAUAUUGACCAGAUGUCUCUCUUCAAACCUCUCUGUAAGUUCUGUGCUUCAGUGAGAACAGUGCGAGAAAUCAUUCCUACUGUAAGAAAAGCAUUGGCCAUCGCACAGUGUGGCACACCAGGCCCAGUGUUUAUCGAGUUUCCCAUAGACACGCUGUACCCUUUCCAUGUGGUGGAAAAAGAGUUUGCCCCUAAAAACACUCCCAAAGGUCUGAUGGGCAAAGUCAUUGCAUGGUAUCUUAAAAAUCACUUAUCUAACUUAUUUGCUGGAGCUUGGGAAAACCGUGAUCUCUCCCCACUUCCCGUUCACAUCCCUCAGGCCACAGAGGAUGAGAUUCAAAGAUGUGUGGAACUGGUGAGCAGAGCCAAGAAACCCGUCAUGUUGUUGGGCAGCCAAGCAACCUUGCCACCUACACCUGCAGAUGAUGUCAGAAAGGCCCUAGAGUCUUUAGGCAUUCCUUGCUUCCUGGGUGGGAUGUCUCGGGGCAUGCUGGGAAAGAACAGUCCACUGCACAUCAGACAGAACAGGAGAGAUGCCUUGAAGGAUGCUGAUCUUGUGCUGCUGGCAGGCACAGUGUGUGACUUCAGAUUGGGUUAUGGAAAGGUGCUGAACCGACGGAGUAAAAUCAUUGCAGUUAACAGAGACAGAAGUCAGCUAUUGAAGAACUCCGACAUGUUCUGGAAACCAACAGUGGCCAUUCAAGGCGAUGCUGGCUCUUUCCUCCUGCGUCUCUCUAAAGCCCUCGAGGGACACAGAUGCCCAGAGGAAUGGCCUCAAAGUCUGAAAGAAGGAGAUCACGUCAAAGAGAAAACUAACAGAGCCAAAGCAGAUGAGAAGACAGAGAUGCAUCUGAAUCCUCUGAAUGUUCUGCACCGGGUGGAUGAGCUGUUGAAUGAGGACAGCAUCAUAGUGGCCGACGGGGGAGAUUUUGUGGGCAGUGCUGCUUAUAUCAUGAGGCCGCGGGGCCCGCUGCGCUGGCUCGACCCAGGAGCUUUUGGGACUCUGGGUGUUGGAGGAGGGUUUGCUCUGGGGGCCAAGCUUUGUCGACCUGACUCUGAGGUAUGGAUCGUUUACGGUGAUGGUUCCCUCGGAUACAGUGUAGCUGAAUUUGAUACCUUUACACGCCACAAGACACCCGUGAUCGCUCUGGUGGGAAAUGAUGCCUGCUGGAGUCAGAUCUCCAGAGAACAAGUGCCUAUGCUCGGGAGCAAUGUAGCCUGUGGUCUUGCCUUCACAGAUUAUCACAUUGUAGCUGAUGGUUAUGGGGGCAAGGGUUACCUGGUUGGGCGACAGGAUGAGUCACAGCUUGAUGACAUCAUUAAAAAGGCACAGAAUGAGUGCAGAGAGGGAAAAGCCAUUCUGCUAAACGUUCUGAUUGGGAAAACCAACUUCAGGGAGGGCUCUAUCUCCGUCUAAACAGACGAUCCUGCCUAGAAACCCAAAGUUCUGUUUUAGGUUUCAGUUUUACAUUUCAACGUUUUAAUUUUAAAGCCUAAUUAUUUUAUGUGUGGUCCACAUUUUAGUAAAAUUACAGACUGACUUGUUUAAAAAAAAAGAAAUUAAGUUAUUGGAAUGGAAGCAGAGUAUCAAGUGUGUGCAACAACAUACCAGAUUGCAGUGGUGUUGUGACUAGGACAGUUUUUAAAGUUAAAUUGGGUGAAACUCAAAAAGGAUAUCCAAAACCACCAGAAAUAACACAAUAUUUCGCUCAAAGAGAACUGAUUUUAAUAGGUUUCUAAAUGGUGACAUUAUUUUAUAAUUAAGCACCUACAUUUCCCCAAUGUCCCAAAAUAAUGCUUUUUUUUUCUUUUAAUAUUUAAUUUGACAAGGACUUUUACAAGUACCAUGUGGUAGUAUUUGUUGUACUGCGUUUAAUUUAUGCUUAUUUUAAUCAUAUUAAGUGCUGUAUUACAGUAUGAGAAUCACCAUUUAGAAUAAUGAGAAUUAUUGAAACCUCCUAUACAGGCCUCAUAACAAUGAAUUAAAAAUGUUAUUAAUGUAUUUACAGCAGGUGGCAGCACAAUGUCACAAUGGCAUAGAAAAAUAUAAGUUGUAUACGGUGGCCUGGACAUGUUUUUUUUUCUUGAAGUUCACCCAUUUUCUUAAGGAGCAGCAGUGCCUUUGUGUGACACUUUAAAAGAUCAGAGAUGUUGUGGUCCAUUCAAUAUUUAUUUCAUUGUUUUCUAAGCACAUUAAUAUAUGACAAAGAAGGACUGAUCUGUGUGUUAGUGUGUCUGCUUGUGUGAUAUAUGCAAAAGUGUUGAAUCUUUUUCAUUCAACGGUGUGCCUGAAACUGAAGACAAUGACUUUGCAAUUACAGUUCACUUAUUUCUCACUGUUACUAAUGACUGAAUCAGUGGAUCAUCAAAACGUCAAAUAUAUUUAUAAGAACCUCUGGAAAAAGGUAGUCCUGUAUUUUUUCAAUCUGAGACCUGAGUAUACCACAGUUAUUUUCCUCAGGUUUGUGAUUCACAGAAUCAUUUAGGUGUGGUUAUAUAAUUCAUCAAGAUUUAUCGAUUGCAAUAAAAUCACGAAAGGGAUAUUUCAGGGUAAAACUAAGUUUCCCCAUGUUUUACUCACCCUCAAGGCAUCCUGAUUGCAUAUGACUUUUCUUGAAGAAUAAUGCAGUCAGAGUUAUAAUACCACGUAUCAUUUUUCUUCCACGCGGUAGAAUGGGAGUGAAUUGGGGGGAUUUUUUGAGGCUCCAAAAACUGCAUCCAUCGAUCAAAGAACGGCUCGACACGGCUCUGUGGUAUUAAAGUGAUAAUUCACCCAAAAAUGAAAAUUCUGUCAUCAUUUACUCACCUUCGAGUUGUUCCAAAUGUGUAUAAAUUUUGUUCUGAUGAACACAGAGAAAGAUAUUUAGAAUAAUGCUUAUAACCAAACAGAUCUCAACACCCACUGCCUCCCAUGGUGUGGAACACAAAAGAAGAUAUUUUGAAGAAUGUAGGACAGCAAACAGUUCUGGGGCUCUUAUGACAUUGUUUUUUUUCCUACUAUGUCAAUGGGGGUUGAGAUCUGUUUGAAUUAGAACAGCUUCAGAACACCUUUGUUAAGACCACAGAGCCGUGUUGAGCUGUUCUUUGAUCGAUGGAUGCACUUUUUGGAG